AUGGCGUCUGCUAUAUUCUUUUUAGAUUUAAAGGGGAAACACCUACUAUCAAGGAAUUAUCGUGGAGAUAUUCCUAUGAGUGCCGUGGACAAGUUCCCCAUUCUUCUAAUGGAAGCAGAGGAGGAGACGUCAAUUGUACCUCCAACUAUAUCCCAUGAAGGUGUCAAUUACCUGUAUAUUCAACACAACAAUUUGUACCUGCUGGCAUUAACUAAACGCAACUCAAAUGCUGCUCAAAUUCUACUCUUCUUGCAUAAAAUCGUCGAGGUAUUGACGGAGUAUUUUAAGGAACUGGAAGAAGAGUCCAUUCGCGACAAUUUUGUAGUCAUUUACGAACUUUUAGACGAGAUGAUGGAUUUUGGAUAUCCUCAAACCACCGAUACAAAAAUAUUACAGGAGUACAUUACUCAAGAAUCGCAUGCUCUGGACGUUCAAGCAAGACCGCCUGUAGCAGUCACCAACGCUGUCUCGUGGAGAAGCGAGGGUAUUACUUAUAGAAAGAACGAGGCGUUUUUGGAUGUUGUUGAGAGUGUCAACUUGUUGAUUUCUGCUUCUGGCCAGGUGCUCAGAUCGGAAAUCCUAGGUUCUGUGCAAAUGAAAUGUUUCUUAUCAGGCAUGCCAGAACUGCGGCUAGGCCUCAAUGAUAAAGUAAUAUUCAAUCAUCAAUCCAAUACUACUGGACAAAGCAUUGGAUCGUCUUCUGGAGGAGGUUCGUCAGGAAAAGUCAUUGAAAUGGAGGACGUCAAGUUCCACCAGUGUGUGCGUCUGUCACGAUUUGAAAAUGACCGAACUAUUUCAUUUAUUCCUCCUGAUGGAGAAUUCGAGCUCAUGUCGUACCGUCUGAAUACUAAUGUCAAGCCACUGAUUCUCGUCGACUGCCGAGUGACUAACUUCUCUUCGUCACGAAUCGAGAUCAUUGUCAAGGCACGAGCACAGUUCAAGAAACGAUCGAAUGCCAAUAACGUAGAAAUUACAAUCCCCGUUCCAGACGAUGCAGACUCGCCUAAAUUCAAAACAACUGCCGGAAACGUGAAAUGGCACCCCGAAAAGUCGGCCAUCAUCUGGCGAAUCAAGCAGUUCGGCGGUGGCCGCGAGUUCAACAUGCGGGCCGAGCUCGGAUUGCCCUCCGUCAAAGACUCGGACUACGCCAACGCCAAAAUCAAGCCCCCCAUCACAGUCAACUUCACCAUCCCGUACUUCACCACCUCGGGCAUCCAGGUGCGCUACCUUAAAAUCAUCGAGCCCAAGCUCCAAUAUCAGUCGUAUCCCUGGGUCCGCUACAUCACGAAAUCUGGCAACGACUACACCAUCCGUAUGUCCUAA